CGGAGGGAGGGGGUGCUGGAGAAAGGCUCCCUUUGCAACCCAGCUGCAAAGUGGCACCCAAACCCCUCCUAGGACUAGGAGUUUCCAUUGCACGACGAUUCUCCUCGUGGCGGAGCGACGACCUCCCUUCUCUCCCCGGGGCCGGGCACAAAGAGCCUCCCGAAGAACAGAGCAGCUCUUCUUUUCCUCUCCCUGCUGCCCCGAAGGGAACCUCCCCGCUUUCCCUCCUGUUCCCCGAGCAGAUGCGGUUGAAACCGAGCAGGGCUUCUUUGCAGUCCCAAGGCCGUUCCCCACACGACGCGCCCCCGUGGAUUCCCCGAGUGGGUUCUGGCCGCCUUUGGGGAAAGUGUUUCUUUAAAUACGGAGAGGCAGUAGUUGAUCUCGAGUGGCAGCCGCUGGAUUGCUCUCGCCGCCGCUUCUGCUCGGUCUAAGGCCACCGCCAGGCUUUUGUGUCGUUCUGUUUCUCGUGCGUGCCCUCCGGGAUUCUAUGAACAGAGUGUUCGCCUGUGAUGAGAGAAGAGCAGCACAAUUGAUCUGAGGUAGAAAAUGCAGCCAGGAAAGUGAAUCUUUGGUGGAAGAGGCAACACAAAGACAUCUGCGUGACCUUUUCCAGAUCAUCUUCUGUUUGGAGUAGGGAAGCAUCUGCUGUCAUGCAGUCUGCUCAGGCUCCUGUGUCCUUUGAGGAGGUGGCUGUGUAUUUCACCCGGGAGGAAUGGGCUCUCCUGGAUCCAGGCCCAAGAGCUCUGUAUGGGGAAGUCAUGCUGGAGAAUUAUGGGAUGGUGGCUUCUCUAGUAGGGUUUGCAGCUCCCAAACCUGACCUCAUCACCUGGCUGGAAGAAGGAGGAGAAGAUCCAUCUCUCUGGGACUCCAAAGGAGUAGAGAGACCAGCACGUAGCUGCUUAGGUGAUCAGCAGAAAAAUGAGAAUUACAGGGAGCCACUUGGAUUGUCACGUCAAAGAAUUCAUGUUGGAGAGAAACAAUCUAAAUGUCCAGAGUGUGGAAAGAGGUCCAGUCUGUGUGGAAACCUUACUUCACAUCAAAGUAUCCAUACAGAAGAAAAACCACAUAAAUGUUUGGCAUGUCAAAGAAGCAUGCUUAGUAAACUUCAAAGAACUCUCACAGGAGAGGAAGUAUAUAAAUGUUUGGUGUGUGAAAAGAACUUCAAGAGAAAGGAGAGCCUCACAUCACAUCAAAGAGUCCACACUGGAGAGAAACCCUAUAAAUGCAUGGAGUGUGGAAAGAGUUUUAGGCAGCGCACAACUCUUGCUGCUCAUAAAAGAAUUCACACUGGAGAGAGGCCAUAUACAUGCUUGGAGUGUGGAAAGGCCUUUUGUGAGAAAACAUCUCUUAAACAUCAUCAAAGAACUCACACCGGAGAGAAACCAUAUACAUGCUUGGAGUGUGGAAAGAGCUUCACCCGAAAUAAUACACUUAUUUUACAUCAAAGAAUUCACAAAGGAGAGAAACCAUGUAAAUGUUUGGUCUGUGGAAAGAACUUCAGGCAGAAUCAAGAUCUAAUUUCACAUCAAAGAAUCCACACAGGGUUGAAACCAUAUCGAUGUCUGGAAUGUGGAAAGAGCUUUGGGCUGAGGUCAAAACUUGCAUUUCAUCGGAGAAUUCACAGAGGAGAGAAACCAUACAAAUGCUUGGAGUGUGGAAAGAGCUUCGCUUAUAAAGAACAUUUUAUUUCUCAUCAAAGAAUUCACACUGGAGAGAAACCAUAUGAAUGCUUGGUUUGUGGAAAGAGCUUUCGUGCUCAGUCAACAUAUAGGAAACAUCAAAAAACUCAUACAGGAGAGAAACCACAUACGUGUUUGGAGUGCGGAAAGGGCUUUAGUCGGAGUGAUAUGCUUACCCGGCAUCAAAGAACUCAUACAGGGGGGCAUCCAUUUAGAUGCCUGAAGUGUGGAAAGACGUUCAGGCAAAGAGGAGAUCUUCUUUCUCAUCAAAGAACCCACACUGAAGAGAACCCAUACAAAUGCUUGGAGUGUGGAAAAUGCUUCAUUUAUAAUGCAGCUCUUACUUCCCAUCAAAGAAUCCACUCUGGAGAGAAACCAUACACAUGCUUGGAGUGCGGAAAACACUUCUCUCAUCAUGCACAUUUUACUUCGCAUCAAAGAAUCCAUACUGGAGAGAAACCGUAUAAAUGCUUGGAUUGUGGGAAGAGUUUCAUUCAUAAGGAAUAUCUUAUGUCCCAUCAAAGAAUCCAUACUGGAGAGAAACCAUAUAAAUGCUUGGAUUGUGGGAAGUGUUUUCGUGAUAAAUCAACUUGUAGGAAACAUCAAAUAACUCACACAGGAGAGAAACCAUAUAUGUGCUUAGAGUGUGGAAAGAGCUUCCCUCGGAGUGAUACACUUGUCAGGCAUCAAAGAAGUCACACAGGAGAGAAACCAUUUGCAUGCUUGGAAUGUGGGAGAAGUUUCACGAGGAACUCACAGCUUACUAGUCAUCAAAGAAUCCAUACAGGAGAAAAACCACAUAAAUGUUUGGAAUGCGGAAAAAACUUCAGUCAAAGAAGUAAACUUACUAGACAUCAGAUAAUUCACACAGAAGAGGAAGUGUAUAAAUGUUUGGUGUGUGGAAAGAGUUUCAAGUGGAAGGAGAGCCUCACUUUUCAUAAAAGAAUCCAUACUGGAGAGAAACCAUACAAAUGCACAGAGUGUGGAAAGAGCUUUAGGCAGUGCAAAAUUCUUGCUACUCAUAAAAGAAUCCACACUGGAGAGAAGCCUUAUAAAUGCUUGGAGUGUGGAAAGGCCUUUUGUGAUAAAACCUCUCUUAGGCAUCAUCAAAGAACUCACACCGGAGAAAAACCAUAUACAUGCUUGGAGUGUGGAAAGAGCUUCCCUCGGAAUAAUACACUUACUUUACAUCAAAGAAUUCACAAAGGAAAGAAACCAUAUAAAUGUAUGGACUGUGGAAAGAAUUUCAGGCUGAAUCAAGAUCUUACUUCACAUCGUAGAAUCCACACAGGAUUGAAACCACAUCGUUGUCUGGAAUGUGGAAAGAGCUUCGGGCUGAGGUCAAAACUUGCAUUUCAUCGGAGAAUUCACAGAGGAGAGAAACCAUACAAAUGCUUGGAGUGUGGAAAGAGCUUCACAUAUAAAGAACAUUUUACCUCUCAUCAAAGAACCCACACUGGAGAGAAACCGUAUAAAUGCUUGGAUUGUGGAAAGAGCUUUUGUGAUCAAUCAACUCACAGGAAACAUCUAACAACUCAUACAGGAGAGAAACCACAUAAAUGCUUGGAGUGUGGAAAGGGCUUCAGUCGGAAUGAUGUGCUUACUCGGCAUCAAAGAACUCAUACAGGGGAUAAUCCCUUUAGAUGCCUGACAUGUGGAAAGAACUUCAGUAGGAGAGGAAGCCUUAUUUCACAUCAAAGAACCCACAUUGAAGAGAAACCAUUCAAAUGCUUGGAGUGUGGAAAGUGCUUCAUUUAUAAUGCAGCUCUUACUUCCCAUCAAAGAAUCCACUCUGGAGAAAAACCAUACAAAUGCUUAGAGUGUGGGAGGUGCUUCAUUAAUAAUGCAGCUCUUAUUUCCCAUCAAAGAAUGCACUCUGGAAACAAAUCAUACACAUGUUUUGAGUGUGGAAAGUGGUUCAAUCAAAACCCAUCUCUUAUUAGGCAUCAAAGAAUCCACACCGGAGAGAACCUAUACAAAUGCUUGGAUUGUGGAAAGAGCUUCACUCAAAAUUCAGCUCUUACCUCCCAUCAAAGAAUCCAUACUGGAGAGAAACCAUAUAAAUGCUUGGAUUGUGGGAAGUGUUUUCGUGAUAAAUCAACUUGUAGGAAACAUCAAAUAACUCACACAGGAGAGAAACCAUAUAUGUGCUUGGAGUGUGGAAAGAGCUUCUCUCGCAGUGAUACACUUGCCAGGCAUCAAAGAAGUCACACAGGGGAGAAACCAUUUGCAUGUUUGGAGUGUGGGAGAAGUUUCAUGAGCAACUCACAGCUUACUAAACACCAGAGAACCCACUUGGAGAUAAUCUCAGUCCAAAUCUAAAGGCAUUGUGAUAAAACAAGCCUAAAUUUAGUAUUGAUUGAUGUUAUGAUAGUUAUUUAGAUUUAAGUCACCUGCAAUGGCUACCACGUGCUCUGUGAAUAUUAAGAGGAAAGGCUCUAACUGCAGGCUUCCAAUGAAAGAGACUGGAGAGAGGAAGAAAGGGGGGAUAUGUGUCAGGCAAGGAAGACAGUAGUAACUGACAGAGUGAAGCCCUUAUGUUUAAAACAGCAUUUCAAGGGAGAGUCAGAGGAAAGUAAAUUGGGAGGUAACAUAAUUCAAUGAUAAGUGCUGGGUGGGUGGUGAAAAAUAUUCUGCUCUUCAAUUUGAGAGUUUUUGCCCACUGGGGCAAUUAAAGAACCUGAUCUUCAAGUUUAAACAUGAACCUUCCAAUGGAUUAAAAGACCUCUUCCUCUAUCCACAACCCGGCCAUGUACACACGCAAGCCAAUACAGAUGCGACAUUCCCUGUGAUUGAGAAGAUUACCCGUGAAAAAUGAAGCUGCAUCAGGAUUUGAAAUGGCCCAAGCUGCCCUUCUCGUGUAGGCAGAUGGCAGGCCAAAUGGACAGAGCCACCACUAUGGCCCUGUCCAGAAAUGGGUGAUGUGUGCGCAUGUGUUUGCGCCUGGCAGUAUACAACUAAAGACACAUAUCUUCAGCCAAGCUUUUUAAAAAUCUAUUUGGUAGUUUUUAUAGGUAUUUUAAUUUGGAUCUUUUUAUAUGCUUUAACUGUUAAAAUUUCUUGGUUUGUUUUAUUACUGUAAACAGCCUAGAGACUUCGGGAGUGGGUGGUAUACAAAUAUGUUAAGUAAAUAAAUAAUGUGUACCUGUUUUUGUGUGGAUAGCUGCACAUGCAUUCAUUUUAAAUGUGAAUGUGGAUACAGGCCCCUCAAAUGCAAGGUACAGAUAGGAACUAUACUGCUGUAUAUGCAUUCAUCAUAAAAUGGGAAUAACUGUAUGUGCAGACAGAUCUGUACUGUGUAUUCUGCACACAGAGUGUACAUGCAUUGAAUAUAACAUCUGAACAGAGCAUAUGUCAACACAAAUUCCACCACGCACUGACUGUCCUCAAAUGGGUCUGUUGAAGUAAAACCCCAAGGAUUUGUGGCUCUCAUGUUGGGCUUUCAUUAUGCUCCAGUUGCAUCCUUCUGUUCUUAUUUAGCCUGUUUUGCUGUUGACCUUGAGAUGAAACAGCCCAGAACGUCAGUCUCGUGCAGGGAAAGAAGCGCGCUUGAGCCCCCCCUGUUACAUCAGUCCUCCAUUUCAAGAAGCGAGAGAAGAACACAAGUGUAUGGCAUGGUCAUUCUAAAAAGGCUUCGCCCCUUUUUAUUGGCUGCAGAUAUCUUGAGGCAGCCAUGAAUAAGCAACGUCAAGAAACAAAGGCAGCAGCGGAUGUGCAGCAUGGACUUCGAGGCUCCGGAAGGAGGAGGCAAGGAGAAGUGGUGUGAGGUGGAGCAGGAGGAAGCAUCAAGAAGACAGGAGUGUGAAGGCAUUUGAUGUGUUGAGAGAAGUUUAAAGAGAAUACCAGAAGGAAACAGGAAUGCAGUGUAGAGAAUAGUAGGAAGGUUUCCCUCACUCCUUCCCCUGACCUCUUUCCUGUGGAUUAUUAAUUAUUAUUUGUAGUAGUAGUUAUAGUCUUCCUCCUCCUCCUCUUCUGCCUUCGUUAACUGCAUUCUAAAUAGCUGCAUUUGUCUAGCUGCACCUCUUG